AGGGUGGCUGUAGUGCUGCACUGGUGUUUCCUCCACCCUCCAGAGGCAGCAUCUGUAGGGCUCUCGGAGCUCACAGCGCUUUUACAUGCACACUAGGCUACAGAGACACAACACCGGCUCUCAGCCUCGUCGGGAUUUUCUGCUGUUAGUCUACUUGGAUUCAUUCAGACGCGCUGCUCGGCGCUGCCAUGCCGGAAGCGGAGGGAUCGGGCCGGACUCCGCAGGGUGUCCCCUACAGCGAGCUCCCGCACAUCAUCAACGCUGACGGACUGCACCUGUUCUGCCGCUACUGGGAACCUGAAGGACCGCCGAAGGCACUGGUGUUUGUGGUUCAUGGGGCUGGAGAACACUGCAGCGCGUAUGCCGACGUCGCUCACACACUGACCCAACACUCCCUGUUUGUGUUCGCCCAUGACCAUGUGGGCCAUGGGCAGAGCGAAGGGGAGAGGAUGAAUAUUAAAAACUUUCAGAUCUACAUCAGAGACUGUCUUCAGCACAUCGACCUGAUAAGAACGCGCUACCCCAACUUGCCCAUCUUCAUCCUUGGCCACUCGAUGGGUGGUGCCAUCUCUAUUUUGACUGCAUGUGAGAAGCCGCAGGAUUUCGCCGGUGUGGUUCUGAUAGCCCCCAUGAUCCAGAUGAACCCAGAAUCUGCCACACCCUUCAAGGUUUUCAUUGCUAAAGUCCUGAACCAUAUGGCUCCCAGCCUCGCUAUCGGCUCCAUCGAUCCCAAGUCGGUCUCACGGGACCCAAACCAGGUGCAGGCAUAUGAAUCAGAUGAGCUGGUUUAUCAUGGAGGGAUGCGUGUAUCGUUCGGAAUGCAGCUGAUGGCUGCUUCAAGCCGCAUCGAAACAGAGCUUCCUAACAUCUCCUGGCCUUUCCUGCUUCUGCAUGGAACUGCUGACAAGCUCUGCGAUAUCAGAGGAUCCCAUCUCAUGUACAACCAAGCUAAGAGCACAGACAAAAAAUUGAAGGUGUAUGAAGGAGCCUACCAUGCCCUGCACCAUGAGUUGCCUGAGACGGCGGAGUCUGUCCUCCAAGAAGUGAUCACCUGGAUUAUUGAGCGUCUUCCCGCCCCCUCUGGGCCUUAACUGUCCAUCUUUCCAUUAACCACACCCCUUUGACUAGGCCCCAGUGACUAUUUUCUGACUAUUUUCACUCUGACUAUUUUCACCUCUCUUCUCUCUGUUUACAACAACUCCUCCUCCUGGGGUGCAUCCAAACACAAUUAUGUUCAUUAUUAACAAUCUAGGAGAGGUCAAGGGUCACCAUUCUCUGACCUUUGGCAACAAAGUCAAAGCUUUUAUGUUAGGUCUAGAGUGUCAGGCUUGUCUUUUUUUCUCACUUCAUACUUUCUAGCACCAUGGGGUGCGGCUCACAUGUUAUCAUGUCAGUCACCAGGAGUCCCAUAAUGAACACAGCUGCCCCCAACACCCAGCCUUUUCUUUGUGUGUUGCCACGGUAACAAAGCAGUUGCCCUUUGUCAUCCUUCAUCUUUUCUUUGAUGUUAGGUCCUCAGUCCCAGUUGAGCCGCUGUGCUGCAACUCUGAUGCCCCCGCUGGCCAACAGUGGCACUGCAGACUUCAAUCAUCCCAGUUACCAGGGCAACACCAUAAAAUACUAGCAAGGAAAAAUAAAUAAAUUAUAAAACAGGGUGUCAUGGUAACCAAGUGAGAGAGGACAAGGGAUAAAGAGUGAUAGAGGAACGAUGUUAUCUGGAUGUUCAUUGAGAGGAAUGAAGCAGUGAGAGGAAAUCUAGCACAUGGCAGCUGCAGGGGUACACCCUUGAGCCCUGAUCAGUCACAGAGAUUAAACCCACACACAAUGCUCAUGCAUACACACAAGCGGCAAACACACCACCACAGACAGAACGUUCAAUUGGCUAUUUAUUUAUGAUAUGACAAUAUAUCAGACUGUACUAUCAGAGCCGUGUUUGCUCUUGACUGAUUACUGUUUAAACGACUAAAGACUGUUCUAUUGCCAUGUAUGGGGGGUUUGAGGUGGCGAUGACUGUUCUCUAACAUUAUGUCAACAAGCUGAAUGCUGAAUGUCUAUUGGCAGUUGAUACCUCCCCACAGAACCAGAAAACGUUACAUCCCUAAUGUGUAUUGUUGCUGAUGUAUAGCUUUGUAUGUCAAUCACAAAUAAUCAAAUAAUCUACACAUUAUUGCAAUAGUUUUAUGCUUUUAAUGACCUAAAUGUGAGUUGGCAAUCAGACUGGAAAAACAAGAUUUGUAGAUAGAGAAAAUGUGACUUUAUCCACUAAUCUCAGUACUUUCGACAUUCUCAGCAAUUCUCCUGACAAAAAGGAUUUUGGUUACAACUUCUAAUAUUUUAAAGGGCAUUUAUUGGUUUAAUAAGGGACACUUUUUUUUCUGUUAAGCUCAUCAUUUCUUCAUUAACAUUUAUUUGAAUGUUUCUAAAGUUUGCUGGCCGUGUAUUUCUUAGAAGUAACAUGUUUUAUGAGAUAAUGUAUGUGGCCACAUCUAUAAUAUAUUGUUAGGUUUUUUUUUUUAAUAUAUAUUUGCACAAUAAUGUAAAUACAUUUGCAUUUACACUAUUUUCAUAAGCACUGAAGUACUUGUAUAUCUUCUUUGUUCAAGAAGAAACUUUUCAACAAAAUGAAGAUCAUACCAGGAGAUAUAUUAUAAUAUUGUUUUAAAAAAAAAAACUGUGGACAAAAAGAGUUUAAAUGUUCUGGUUACUAAAUAAGCUGUUGUAGCUUAAUUUUCAGCUUAUUGAAGAUUGUUUAGGUGUGUACAUAUUAUAUCUGAGCAGGUAGAAAAAUAUUGCAGAAAGGAUGUUUGUUUUUUUCUUAAUUCAAAAAACCCCUAAAAAUUGUCUUAUACACACACACACACACACACACACACACACACAUAUAUAUAUAUAUAUAUAUAUAUAUAUAUAUAUAUAUAUAUAUAUAUAUAUAUAUAUAUAUAUAGUGUAACAAUACCACAAAUAUCUAUUUCUCACGUGUCUAUCCUUAUAGAAAGAGACAUACAGUACUGUGUGCUAUCUCGAUGCUUAAUAAUACUUUGAAAUUCUAAAAUCUAUGAAAAUCCUGGUUGUUUCUGUUAGCAGAUCAGCUAUCUUACCAUGCUGUCUGAGCUGUGUUGCUUAUGGCCUUUAUAGCUGGGUGAUUCUGGUCCCAUUUUUGGCAAAUAAGACUGGUGCUGAAAUCAUGCACAUGUACGUCUAGUAUAUGCAAAAUUGAUCAGAGGGCUCUUAAAGUGAUUUUUAUCUUGCUCAAUAUAGAGCUCUAAGCUAAGACUCAGUGGUCAAUAACAGAACGUUCUUCCCCGUGCAGAGCCGCACACCGUGCAGGUUGUACAUUAAUCUGGUCUCAGGGAGCAAGUCUUUUAGUGCAGCUAAUUUCACCCAGUUAAUAAAACAUGGUAAAAAGUUCUGCUUUGACAUCCAAUAAAAUAAAUGCAUUAAUGAUUCAAAGAGACUACAAUAAGAUUUCUAUAUAGAGAGAUGCUUUUUCAUAGACAUAUGAAUGGUUAAAGCGAUGAUGCUUUAGAACUCUUGACUGUUUCUGUAAUGAUUCACGGUUUGUGAACAUGCUUGAGCAACAUAGUAGCAAAAGGCACCCUAACAGACACAGAAUAAGAAACCAUCUCGUUACUAUGAGCUGCCAUGUCAGAUUACAUUACAACAGCCUUGACCUUGCAUGACCUUUAAUGACGAUACACCAUGUAAAAUGCAGAGUACUCUCAUUCUUGCCAUCUGAUAAAGACGUUUUUGUGUUUGCAGUAUCUCAGAAGCAAUGCUCUCAAUAGCUAGUCAUCAUUGGAUUCGCUCUGUCACAGUAAAACCCAUAAGCAGCAUGGCUUUGAAAUCACCAUCCACCAGUGAUCACCAGCUAUCAGUGGUUUAUGAUUGGUCUUUUGAAAUCCAGUCGUGCAGCACAGUUCUACUACAACUUCUAAUGUAAACUCCAGACUUUGUGCGAGUCUGUGAAGUCAGGUGUGGGAAUGUUUAUAGACUACUGUUUGUAUAUGCAUGUAAAAAAUAAACUUUUUAAUUUCUACUAAAAAUUGUAAUAUAAUUCUGAGAACAAUAUUGUGAUUGAAUUGUUUCAUUCUGACAUCAUGGCCAGUAGACAAAUAAAUGAAGACUGUUACA